AUGUCUCUAAAUAUCAAUAAAGACAUUCCUAAAGAUAGUUUAAAUAGUUAUGAUCCUGAUGACAUAAACGAUUAUCUUAAUAACUCUCAAAGGAGUGUAGGUCUGAUUAGCCAUUCACUUGAACAAAAAAUCUUAAAUGAUCCUCUAGGUGAUAGUAUUAUUGAAAAUGAACCAACUCCUAAAGGAAAUGAUGAGUUAUUAAAUAAGAUUAAAGAAGAAACAACAAUCAAUAAGGAUAUAAGAAAAAGUAAAACCCAACCAUCUGUUACUAGUAUAACAGGUGUUGUUGAAAAUAAACAAAUUAAUGAAGAACAAAACAAAAAGUUACAAGAAAGUGUUAUUCCUCCAAUUCUUCCUGAAACUGAAGAAAUCCCUAAAAUGAAUGCCCUAGAAAUAAAAAAAACAGAACAAAAACCAAUUGAAAUUGUACAAGAAGAAGAGGUGGUUGGUGGUGGUCAACAAUCUACUAUUAAAGAAAAAGAGUAUAGUUCAGUACAUGGUAUUCACUAUUUCAUGAUUGGUAUUGUAAGUAUUAUUGUCUUUAUUAUUAAUUACACAAUUUUACGUGUAUUAGUAAGUUUAGAUAAUAAAUACUAUCAAUAA